GUGAUGCGUGGCAGUCGCCCCCUCCUCUCCAGCUUGAGUGGCUGCCGCAGCAGGAGCAAGACAAGAAGACGUCGAGCAUGUGGCAGCUUCUUGCCGAAUCGGGCAUCCCAGAGUGUACGCAUGAGGCAUUCGCCUCCUUCACACCGCAAGAGUUUGGUUGCGUGGCCACGGACCUUGCCAAUCUUGAAGGGUUCUUAGACACCUUGGAUUUUUUCGCAGAGCCCUCCCGUGUGUUGGUCACAUCGCGUAUCCGCUUGCUAUGGAAGAAGUGUCAGGGUAUGUCCGACCCAGUCUCGUCAAGCGCGCUGCCGGGCCCCGCCCCGCAGCCCCAGCAUGUGCAGGACUCCGGUUGGGUUGAAAUGUUCCCCAAGAAAUUGGGCACAGAUCGCUCAUGGCGAUACAUACCAUGGAAACUCCGACUGUCGGAGGAGCAGCACGAACAACAGUCCAUGCGUCGUCCGUCUAAAGCCCCUCGUCUUGAGUCACUACUGUUUGAUGACGUGCCUACGCGUGAGAUCCCGGGACCCAGCAUUGGAAAAUGCCUGAUGCAGGAACUUCUGAAUUUGCAAGCCUAUGCCAUUGCACUUUGCGGCGGUGCCCAUCUGCACACCUUAAAGGAGAUGAAUCGGCGAUUUGUUAACCGUUGCUACGAGCGCUACACUGCUGAAUCCUUUCUCCGAGGUCCCACAGUGGAGGAAGCCCAACUUGCAGACCAACGACUGUGGCGUCAAAUUGCACUCCUUUGCAAUGAAGAACAGUGGUCUAUGGAUGAGGCAAUCCAUGAAGUUGUGGUAGUUCGCUCUGAGCUACAGACAUUACUGAUGCCGCGUCCU